CUGUGCAGACACCAUUGCAACCACCCCCGCGAUUCGAGUUCCCACCUUCUGUCCAUCGCCACUUGCCCCAAGCAAUUGCAGACAUGGUUAGCGAGAGUUCCGGCGCUGAAGACGGGCAGCAGCAGCAGCAACAGCAGCGAGGGCUUUCACCCGGGGACAGGGGUCUGCAGCGUCGGUUGAACCUCCCCGCUCCCAUCCCUUUCCUUUUUUCCAGCACACCGGGUGGAUCCCUGGUGUAUGAACCCCCGCCACCACCACCACCAAUUCAACGACCCCGCCUGCAAACACAUGCCAGCACCAAGGUUUCGCUUCACCGAGUCAUCCAUAAUCAGAAUCAAGCUCAAAGGGAGCGCCUGACAACGUUCAUCGGCAAUGUUCACGUCCUUGCGCGCCACACCACCUUCUUUCUCAAGUACUACCUUGCUGAUCAACCUCUACGCAAUUUCCCGGACAUCACUGACAAGCACAUCAGUGUGAUGUUUGAGCCGCUCAACAAUCCAGGCUACAACGGCAAUCCAGUCAUUGCGCAAGAGUUGCAUCCAUGGGUUCAAGACUACUGA